AUGUUUGGUGGAACACGAGAAAAAUGCGUUGGCUGUGACAAAACCGUUUAUCCAAUUGAGAAGGUGUCCGUGAAUGGGACAUUGUACCACAAGAGCUGCUUCAAAUGUACACAUGGAGGAUGCACGAUAAGUCCUUCGAAUUACAUUGCUCACGAGGGGAAGCUUUAUUGCAAGCAUCAUCAUAUUCAGCUGAUCAAGGAGAAAGGAAAUUUGAGUCAGCUUGAAGGAGGAGAUAAUGCCACUAAGGAUAGAGUUGAGGCUUCUUGA